UUGUAACCAAGUCCCGUUCCAAAAUAACUACUAUCUUGGUUAACCUCAUCCCCAUCAAACCUCAACCUCUAAAGUUCACUCAAGGUUCAUUUUGGAACGCACCCCCGAGAGAGCACCUUAUCCCUACCACCUCACUCACCCCGACUCCUAGUAAUCACCCGCUAGGUGUAGUUUCUGAACGCAGCCCUGAUCGGCCAGCUCGAAGCAGAACACUGCUGCUAUCGGUUUCUCGUGACAGUAGUUUUUAGGCCUCCCGCCUCUGUCGUCCCUUGCCUUACGCCUAGUUAACCGAAUGCGUUAUCCGGUGUGGCGGCUCGACAGAGCGAGAAAUAUGGAGCAAACACUUCCAACUACUUCUACUCAUACAAUGGAGCCUACAAUGUCUACAAUGUCAUACAUAUCACAUACUGUAUCACAUAUUCCAUCAGAGAUACAAUUACCAAAUCCAACUACCAAUGCUGUUGCGAAUUUUGUAAAUGAUAAUUACAAUGGAAACGAGUGUAUGAAUUUUGCAACUAACUACCGGAAUAAUGAAAUGAGAGAUGCAGAACAGCAACAAUCUCAAAAUAAUAUAAAUAUUCGAGACGGUAUGAGUACUAUAAAUAAACAGUUAGAUGACGUAAAAACUAUACUAAAAGACGGUAUGAAUACUAUAAUUAAACAGUUAGAUGACGUAAAAACUACACAAAAUACCUGCGACUGGUGCUGUCGCAUGUACUGGUUGCGUACGGCCAGACGCCUUGCUGCCUCAAAAUACGAGGAUAAGUUUUUUUGGACCCUAGCGAGGGCGAGGACGCCUCCGGGGAGCCCGCGGGAGGACCCGCAGAUGAACUCGCGCGGGGUGGAGGCGUCGGAUGACGGUGGUGCAAGGGUAAGCUCGCAGGAGGACAGCCCACAGGCACCGGCGAGCCCGUGCGAGGAGGCACCUUUGCGCGUCAUCCUCGACGUGGCGUCGGAUACGAGGACCGUUUGCUUCUACAAUAAAUGUGAAUGGCAACGGGCUGGCGCGGUGGAGUGGGCUUAA